AUGCUCGACCCAUUAUUAUUCGAGAAUUACAACAUGUCUGAUGCAUGUAUCGAGCAGCUUCGACGACUUGCCGAAUAUGCACCACAGGCACGAAUGUUGCCUACACCAUUGAUUGUUAUUUGCUGUAUUCCUGUGAUAAUCAUUAUUUUAUUGACUGUUUUCGGAAAUUUGUUGGUGUUAUUCUUUAAAGCACGUGUUGGACGUACGAACACAACACUUCUUGUUUGGAAUCUUGGCCUAACCGAUUUUCUUGUCGGUGUAAUUGUUCUGCCAUUGGGCGCUUUUCAUUUAGCCCAUAGAAAAUGGAUAUUUGGCCGAUUUUUAUGUCGGGUAUGGGUGGCGGCUGACGUCACUUUUUGCACAUGUUCUGUGGUAACUAUUUGUGUGAUCUCGGUCGAUCGUUACUUGGCUGUUACUCGACCAUUACGGUACAAAUCAUUGGUUACAAAAACGAAAGUAAUUCUGGUGAUGAUAAUCAUAUGGACAUUCUCCUCUUCAAUACUUCUCACUACAGUACGAUGGGAACAACCGCAAUGUUAUGAUGAUUCCAUCUGCUUUGCCGGGAACGAAAUUCGCUAUUUGGCUCAUAGUGUCAUAUUCGCUUUCUUUCUUCCUGCAUCUGUUACACUUACACUUUAUUGGCGAAUUUAUAAAUUGGCUAGAAAUCGACAACGAGCGCUUGAUCGAGGAUUUUUGAUGAUCCUAGGUCAUAAUAUGAAUUUUCUCUCCAACACCAUCAGUCAACAGACCCAAAACACGCUUCGAGUGCAUUUUGGGAAGAACAACGGAAUGGUUGAGCAUCAACGUCGUGUCUUAAGGACCCAUGAACGAAUCGCAAAAACACUUGGCGUUGUGUCAUGCUCGUUUCUUUUCUGUUGGCUACCAUUUUUUAGUCUUUAUCUAACAAAUUACAAGUGCCAUGGAUGCAUCUCACCGAUCGCCAUCGAUCUUGCCAGUUGGUUAGGAUACUGUAAUUCGAUGCUCAACCCUAUCAUCUACUCGUUUACCGUUCGGGAAUUCAAACGAUCCGCGCUACGGCUCGUUUUCCCCACAUGGCAAUUUGCACAUAGGUGUCUGCCGAGGUUGAUACCUGCACCUCCGGAUCGGAUGAUGCAACGAAUGUCACGAAAUGGGAAUCGUGCUCGUAAUAAAACUCGACAUCGUUCAUUCGAAAUGGAUCCGAAUAAGGCGGUGAUGUUGACGAAACGAAAUUGUCAAAAACGACGACAAACCGAACCGGCCGUGUUCGGUCUUCAGAAGAAGGUUUGUGAUGCACCCGUAAAAAUGAUGAUAAUUGAAGAGGACGAGGAUGGCGGUGUGCACGAUGAUUACACGGAUACGAACGGAUUCAGCACUUAUCAUGAAACAUCACGACGUCUUUCCGAUCUACCACCACCACCACCACCAUCGUCACGUGCGUUAUUACCGAUCGAUGAGAACGAAUCUGGUACGCCUUCAUUAAAUGGUGAAUGUAAAACAUGUCCUAAUGAUAAUUCAUGCUCUGUUAAAGUUUUUUGUGACACUAAAGAAGCUGACCUCUGA